AUGGAAAUCUGUGAGCUUAAUACCCAACAAUCUGAAAACCUUACUGUACCACUAGUCCCAUCUACUCCAAACCAAACUCCUAGUGACGUUCCUUCCAGCGAAAACUCCAAUUUUAUACAAACUAAAUUAACGGAAUGGGACUUAGCCGAGUAUAUUAACGUUUUUGAACGUGAAAAAAUUAAUAAAUCGGUAUUUUUACAAAUGCCAGAGGAAGGACUUAAACAAUUAAUAAAUCCUUUAGGGGAUCGCUUUCAAUUUAUACUUCGUCGGACAGAAUAUCUUUCUGCAUGUAGUCGAGUUGAUCCUGCUCCUAAAGCAUUGUAUACACCUGGAAAGAGACUACGAGAAUUAUUGCGAAGUACAUUUCAAGGACAGUAUAUACUUCGGCAACGUAAUCUUUUGUCGUGCGGUAAUAAUUUGGCAUCAAUUAUUAUUGAUUUUAUUCUGAGCAAAAAUGACAAGUUAAAGAUACGAAGAGAGCAAUAUGAAUUUUGGGCCUCUGAAAUUGUAGCAGUAUGGCAAACUGAAGACGUUUCUACGUGGUAUCGACACCGGUCUACAACUAAUGCUACUAGUGGAAAGUUAGUUUGCCGUUUUACAAAUUUAUCAAAAAAAAUCAAGUCAGAAGUUUUAAAGUUUGCUGAAGAACAUAAACAACCAGAAGGUGGUGAAGUUGAUGAAACCGUUAAGCUGUACAUCGAUGAAUUAGCACAAACUACUGCUGAUGAUACUGCCCGUAUUUUAUUUUUAUGGGAAAAUACUUUUAAAUACCGUAGAAAUAAUUCGGAAAGUAUUUCUGAUUAUUUCAAUAAUUUCAAGCAAUUGAGAAGUCCAAUGGUGGUACAAUUGCUUGAAUUAGACUUCAACUUAUUGCGAAUUGCUGAAAAAAAUGCACUGGAGGAAAAGUGGCCAACAUUACAUGUCAAAAUAUUAAAAAUUGCCAAAAUUAAAAAAGCAGCCACUCAAUUUUUGAAUGACUCAAAAAAUGUUCCACAAGACGUACUAGCCUGGAGAGUCUUUUCUUAUUUGUUUCGCCCGAUAGUAAUGAGUACAGGUGCAAAGAAAACUUGGAAGCCGUCCGCUUUAGAACAAGCCAAUGGAUUUAUAACGUGGAUAAGUGAUAUUAGUCAACUGGAAAACGCAAUUAACGUACAAAAAUCACUGUGUGAAUCAAAAAAAUUCACACUUCAACCAUUCAUUGUUGCUGUUGGACGGUUGCAACAAAUUAAAGCAGCCUACGUAAUAAUUGACUCUGAAAGAAUAAAAUUCCCCACUGUGACUCAAGCCGUAGCCUUCUGCUGGAAAGCAAUCUACGCUCUGAAUGCAAAAUAUUAUCUUUGCUGUGCUGCAGUUUGGAUCUUCAUUCAGCAAGAGAUCUAUGGAUGUAAAGAACUUCAACAUAAGUACCAGUCCGUUCAAUGGGUAAUUAAUGCGUUAAAAAAUGUUACCGACGAGGAAAGUGUAAUUUCUUCUGAAUCAUCUAAUGAAGAUGAAAACUAA